CCGCCUUCUCGGAUUUAGCCAGGGAGCUCUGUAAAUAUAUCUUGCAAGAAACUCCAACACUUCAGCUCUUUUGUCUGCAAAUAUAGUAUUAUCAAGGUAACAACAUGGACUCACAGGUGAUUCCUUCGAAAUCGAAGAUUGAAUAUGCUAUCUUCGACAUGGAUGGCCUCCUGAUGUAAGCUUGAAGUGACUUUGCAGUUUGAUAUCGCAUACUAACAGCGUCAUGAAACUUGAUAGAGAUUCUGAGAAAAUUGUGGCAGAAGUGACAGAUACUAUCCUUGGCCGAUAUGGUCAUUCUCUGACUUGGGAGAUUAAGGCCGGAGCUAUGGGCAAGCCUCUACCGACCGCCUCGGAAUGGAUUUUAUCCCACUUCCCAGACAUACGGGAGCAACUAUCGGUAGAGGAAUUCAUUGAAGAAGGUGCAAGGAUGAAAGCCAAGCUGUUUAAAGAAGUUGAACCGAUGAGAGGUGCAACCGCUUUGGUCAAAGGCUUGUACGAGGCAGGGAUACCAAUCGCCCUGGCCACAGGCUCUAGCAUGCAAAACUUCAUCUACAAAACGACUCAUCUCCCCCAUAUCUUUGGUCAUUUCCCGCCCUCUUGCAUCAUUACUGCCGAUUCUCCAGGAAUCAAAGGAAAACCGAACCCUGAUAUUUUCCUCGCUGCUGCUCGAUCUUUAGGCAGGGAUGUUGGUAUUUCCGAUGAAUGCUCAGAGCUCCAGAAGGAGGAAAGGAGGAAGGGCCUGGUAUUUGAAGACUCUGUACCGGGAGUACUUGCUGGAGUUGCUGCGGGCAUGAAUGUCAUAUGGGUGCCGCACGCAGAAGUCAAGGCUCUUAAUCCCGAAGAAACAUACGGUGCCCGAGAGGUUCUUGCCCAUCUGGAAGAAUGGGACCCUACAAAGUGGAAUCUCCCUUUGCUGCCUGGAUUCGCUAAUGAUUUGCCCCUAAAAAUAUAACACUUUGCUAUAUGAAUAUUUCACGAACUGAGUUCAAAUCGCUUCUUCUACCUUUCUAAGUAGAGGAAGACUUUUUUAGUAAUUGGAAGUAUUUAAUCACUGUUGGGAUUUGACAUCUACGAUCUCUACUUUUGCAUGGGAAAUCUAAAGUACACAGUAACGGACCUUCUCACAGCGUAUAUACCGACAGACAAAUUGACCGUUCCCAUUCUCGACUUCUGACCUUUUUCUUUCCGCGGCGAG